UUAUGGUGCCUUUUCGAAACAAAGACAAUCAUUAUCCAAUGUAGGCCUCCGGAAAUUAUGUAGGCCUAUGACAUUGUGUUUUUAGAUGCCGAAAGAGAGUUGGAUGUUGGCUUUGGUGUGUGUGUUCUGAGAAAAAGGAAAAAGGCAUCUGUCAGUAUUGGAGGGUGUCCCGAAACGUCACAUCCAAUCUUCCAUCUGGAAGGAGGUCUGCGCACUACAGAGGGAACAACCCGCGGUGACUUCAUUGAUCACUGGACCACGGACCUUCACUACUGAGUACAAUUUGAAAAGAUACUGGAGGGUUUUUAAAAAUUAUUUUAACCAUGAAGCGCGGACUCUGUGGACUGCCACUUAUUCACGUUUUAAUAACUGUUCCUCUCAUUAGUGGAUCACCUUUCCAACAUAGCAUGUUCCAGGGCAACGCGUAUUCUGGCACCGAAACACGUCAGAGAAAUAAAAACUGGUGCGCCUAUGUUGUGCACAAGAACGUGAGCUGUGCCGUCGUGGGAGGCACGGAGAGUUUCGUGCAGCCAGAGGUUCUACCGUGUCCACUGGAGCUGCCAAACUGUGCGCAACAAGUGAUAUAUCGGACACACUUUAGGCCCAUGUAUAAGAUUGCAUACAAGACUGUAACAGAGCUGGAGUGGAGGUGCUGCCCGGGGUACCAGGGCCACGACUGCAGGGAGGUGAAAGACAUAAAGCUACUCCAAGUGGAGCGUGUCCCUCACGCUCCUUCUUCCUCUGGACAUAUUCCAGUCCAACAAGCUCCAGAACAGCGAACAGAGGGCCAGAGGAACCAUCCAGUGGGAGGGGAGGGGCAGUUUGGAGGUCAGACAGGUCACAGGCCACUGGGGGGUCAUGGAGGAUCUCAAAGUGCACAACACCUGGAGGAGGAGGUCCAGCGACUGUCCCAGAUGGUCCUGGACAUGCAGGCAAGAAUGACAGACAUGUCCUCCAAUCUGAGACUGGAUUUCCAAGAGGACGCCAGUAAAAUGCUAGUUACGCUCCUCAAUGACUUCAGACAGCCUGCCAGUGCGAGGGGAGCAGAGACCCAAACCAUUCAAGUGCAGGACUUCUCUUUUGUGCGCGAGACAACGCAGAUGGACGAGGUCAUGAACAAGAUCAGCCAGGUCACAGACGAUCUGGAGUCCAAGAGCAAUACCCUGGAUGACCUGCUGGGCCGUGUCAACCGUCAUGACAGGCAAAUUCAUCUGUUAAUGGAGGCUGCCCAGAACCAGCUGUCCACCCCCCCUCCUGCAGCCCCAACCAGUAACGCAGACCUGCGUGGCUACCUGGACGAGAAGAUCCGUGCUCUGAGAGAGGAGUUACUGGAGGGCAUGGAAAUCAAACUGGCAGACUUGAAGAACUCGUGCGAUUAUAAAAUCCUGUCAGUUCAGGAGGAGUGUGAGGGACAGGAAGCCAACUACCUCAGCUUGGCUGAGCUCAUGGACUCAAAGGAAAGUGACCUCCGCAGUGAGAUCCAGGACCUUAAGACCAGGCUGGUUGAUCCAGAAAAAGAAGACACCCGGCUAUCUGACUAUGUUUUGGCUCAUGUGGAGAACCUUGAGAUCCGUCUGAACUCAUCUGAGAAGACUGUAGCAGCCCAGUGCCUCACUGUGGAGGAGAAGCUGAAAAAAGAAGGGGCAGAGGCCAUCAAAAACCUGAGGGAGACUCUGGAGGACAAGCUGGCCUCCAUGGAAGACAGACUCACCACCCUGUUGGUAGAUACAAGCACCAAUUUCCCAUCUGGUCAGCCAGAGAGUCAGGAUGCUCUGCAGACGGACAUUAAAUCUUUAAAGGGCUCUGUUCAAACUCUGGAGCAUCGAUUCAAUGUCUUGGACCAGCUGUGCUCAAAGGAGUGCAAGGCUAAUUUGACUGUUGUAGAGAACAUUCAACAAGACUUCCACAGCUGCAGAACUGCUGUAGAUGCUAUGGAGACUAGUCUAAAAGUCCAGAUAAAUGGCCUUAGAGCCAUGGAGGGGCAACUCAUCGACUACAGCACUAGCAUCGAGAACGUACAUGGUGAGUUGAGCUCUCUGAGAGGGCAUGUGGGCAGGUUGGAGGACUCACUAUCAGAUGUAGUCCACCAUCAGUCUCAGACUUUGCAGAGUCUCAACUCCACAUGGGGUCAAGUUAAAACAGAGGCUGACCACGAGGCCACGGACCUUAUGGAGCUCCACAGGACUCAGCAUCAUGAGCUGAGAAACCGAUUGGCCGAACUGGGCAGGGAGGUGAAAGCCGAGGCCGACCACUGCAGGGAACAAACAGAAGAUGUCGGGAAGGAGAUUGCCCACAUGGACAGCCGCAUUGUUAGUGUGGAAAGUUUAUGCGGCAAGCUGGACCCUAUCUCCAGUAGCCUCCAGAGGAUCAAAGAGGGUCUGAAUAAACACGUCACUGGGUUGUGGACUUGUGUCAACCAGCUAAAUGGUACAGUUAGAGCUCAUGCCCGAGAUAUUGGAGGACUGAGGGGAACUUGUCAGAACCUCCAGAACCACAUCUCUAAUGUAGCCAGAGACCUCCAGGUGCUAUCGAACAGCAAUCCUGGGAAGACAGGUGUUCAUGUUGCUGUGGAGGACGCAGGACAGGGUUCAAUUACGAGGCUCACAGUGCCGGUUGGUCCCCUGGACGCCUCCCUCCCACAGCCACCUGUGAUGGAGACUGGAGAGGUGGGACCCCCCGGCAAGAUGAGCUCGUCCAAGUUGUCCAAGGGGACCGAUGGCAGCAUGAUGCCCGUUCAGGGUUUUGCUGGAGCUCCAGCGUCCCCCCACGUCAGAUCCACUGACUCACUAAAGCCCAGCACGCCACUCAUCUCAGAUGUGAACAUGCCCCACAGACCAUCACCACAUGAACCUGCCAUGGCUUCAGGUGAGACAGUGUCGUUCUCAGCUGGUCUGACUCUUCCGCCAAUCCAGGGAGAGAUCGGAAUUAUUCGAUUUGAUAAGGUUCUGGUCAACGAUGGAGGACACUAUGACGCUCAUACAGGUAUCUUCACAGCUCCCACAAACGGCCGCUACCUGGUGACUGCUGUGCUCACAGCCCAGCGCGGUGAGAGGGUUGAGGCUGUCCUAUCCGUGUCCAAUCGCAGCAUCCAGAGGUUGGACUCGACAGGCUUCUUGUCAGGAGCGGCAGCAUCACCGCUGUCACGUGAUCAGUGUAACUGCAGCAGCUCAACCUCACUGAGUCUGGUUCUGUCACUGAGGAGAGGAGAUCGAGCAGGACUGGUUGUGACUGCUGGAAAGCUCGCCAUCUCAGCCUCCUCUGAGAUCCUGUCAUCUUUCAGCGCUGUGCUUCUUUACCCCAGCCCAUCAAAACGGUAGCCCUGCCCUUUUUAAAGACAACUGACACCUUUAUAUAAGCCAUAAGUGGAGUAUGGUGUGCAUUAACACUAAAGCUAAUAGUGAUAUUGUAUUAUCAGAGGAGGGAAAGACAUCUGUUUACCAGAAGGAAAAAAAGGCAAGCAACAAAAAGUGGAAAAUUUUAGUCUCUAAAUAAACAAGAUUAUUUCUAUCAUGAGUAGUAAUAUAUAGUGUGUGUUGAGUGUGAGUCCUGUUUAUGACCUAGAUCUUACAAAUACAUAUUUUGCUUGAACAUUUAAUUGUAAUCUGAGUUUCUUCCUUAAUAUUUAAAAACACAUAGUGCCAUUGCUGAUGUUAAUGAACUGUUGGUGCUAAAAGUUUAAGUCCAGUUGAUCCAAUUUGUUAUUUACUGGGCAGAAAUCAGUAACAGUGUUCUCAGAAAGAACUUCCUACAGUUCAUGCUAGUUUUCAUUAUUGCAGAUAUUCUUUGACAUUAGUGUUAUUGGUCCUAACUGUGACUUCUGUAUCUCUCACACACUCUCACUCUCUCACACACACACACACACACACACACCCCUUCUUGUUGUGCUAAAAUUGUCAAUAAUGUGCAACAUAAGCUUUGAUUGUUCUUUCAAAUAGUUUUUUUUUAAUUAAAGCAUCAUCCAACAUAA